GCCGCCGCCGCCGCCGGGCGCAGCAGGCAGAGGGAAGGCAGGGAGCGGAGCUGCCGCCGUCGCUGCCCCUGCCGAGGGCCAGGGCCUUGGACGCGUCCGGCGAAGAGCGCAGGAGGAGGAGGAGGAACGGGAAGGGGGGGAGCCAGCCGGCCCCUCUCGGAGGACGCGGCCCGCAUCCGCCCGGGGAAGGGCAGAGGGAAGCGGAGGGGGGAGCGAGCGGGCGCCACCGAGGAGACAAAGAAGCGGAGCCCGCCUGGGCUGGGAGCCUCCCCGCCACCGCCCGCCCCGCUCCGCUCCCCGCCGGCCGGCAGGAGGAAUAGCUUCCCUAGAUGGCAACACCAGCGGCUGACAGCUCUGUGCUUGUUACGCCUGGGGAAAAAGCCCUGGCUUUCUCAAAGCCCACUGCCUCUAGCAGCAAUGAGCAGAUACACUGUCAUCGUUAGGAGAUGUGAGUGGCAGACGGUGGUGUAUAUAACUUUAUCGGAGAGUUCUGCCUUUCACUGCCUGGAUCCUUUUAACAGUGUGCCAAAGAAGGACUCCAUGAAAGAUGACAGAAGAAGUUAUUGUUAUUGCAAAGUGGGAUUACACUGCACAGCAGGACCAAGAACUUGACAUCAAGAAAAAUGAGCGUCUUUGGCUAUUAGAUGAUUCUAAGACAUGGUGGAGGGUAAGAAACGCGGCCAACAAAACGGGAUAUGUGCCAUCAAAUUAUGUGGAGAGAAAAAACAGCUUGAAGAAAGGUUCUCUGGUUAAAAAUCUAAAAGACACAUUGGGCUUGGGAAAAACCAAGAGAAAGACAAGUGCGAGAGAUGCCUCACCCACUCCCAGCACAGACGCGGAAUACCCAUCCAACGGCAGCAGCGCCGACCGGAUUUACGAUCUUAACAUUCCAGCCUACGUGAAAUUUGCCUAUGUUGCAGAGAGGGAGGAUGAACUGUCCCUUGUUAAAGGAUCGCGAGUGAUUGUCAUGGAGAAGUGCAGCGACGGCUGGUGGAGAGGUAGCUACAACGGACAGAUCGGCUGGUUUCCUUCGAACUAUGUGGUAGAGGAGGUUGAGGAGGCAACUGCAGAUUCACCCAGCUUUCUCAGCCUAAGGAAAGGCGCUUCCAUGAGUAAUGGCCAGGGCACCAAAGUACUCCACAUUGUUCAGACACUGUAUCCAUUCAGCUCCGUCACAGAAGAAGAGCUCAACUUUGAAAAAGGGGAAACGAUGGAAGUCAUUGAAAAGCCUGAAAAUGACCCAGAAUGGUGGAAAUGUAAAAAUUCCAGAGGGCAAAUUGGUCUUGUUCCUAAAAACUAUGUAGUAAUCAUUAGUGAUGGUCCUACCAUUAACACUUCUCAUCCACCUCAGAUAAGCUACACGGGACCAUCUUCUACAGGACGGUUUGCUGGAAGAGAAUGGUAUUACGGGAACGUUACCCGGCACCAAGCAGAAUGUGCCCUGAACGAAAGGGGAGUGGAAGGAGAUUUCCUUGUUAGAGACAGUGAAUCUUCGCCCAGUGACUUCUCAGUAUCUCUAAAGGCGUCGGGGAAGAACAAACAUUUCAAGGUGCAGCUCGUGGACAAUGUCUAUUGUAUUGGGCAGCGACGCUUUAAUACUAUGGAUGAGUUGGUGGAACACUACAAAAAGGCUCCCAUCUUCACCAGUGAACACGGGGAAAAGCUAUAUCUUGUGAAAGCACUUCAGUGACGUUGAAGAUGGACUUGGCCACCUGGGCCUCUUAUAACUUACAAGCCUUAGGUCCUAAAUUCACUUUUAUAGAACAGAGCAAUAUCUGAAGCAGGCUUAAGGAAUAGGCUCUUUCUAAAGUGUUUGCUCUGUCAGUUGCUGUUUGUCCUUUUCUUUUUUUGUUUGUUUGCCUCUUUUUGUGUUCCAGUUCUGUUAAUCUCCGACCACCUCUCUUCAGGUUGAGAGUUUCCCUCGGGUGGCCGUGGUGAGCACUCACCUUCCCGGCUGAGUUCAAAACUCCCCUCUCUUGUGUACGUUUACAUAGUUAGCUCAGAUCAAGGAGGGGCGUUUUCAAUUCAAACCAGUGUUAAUCUGUUCAGAUUUGCUCACACAGGCAGAACUCUCCGUUCAGAGACAUCGGGCACAGUUUGAAUGCACUGAAGCCGCAGCUGCUUAAGUGAGAGAGAGUAGACAUAACAGUUGUGGCUGUGAGUUCUGUAGCAAUAUCGCUUACCGGGUAGGAUAUUACAAAAAUUCCUAGUUCCUAGAAGCACUCUUUACACUGUACUCUGCUAUUACAUUGCCUCUCUGACUCUUUGUGAAGAGUACACUAAUUAAAAGCAUUUUGUAAUAGUACUUCUUAAACUACUAUGGUAAGAUUGUAGUAAAAGAAAACUAUCUAGUGUAUUUUGGUCUGUAAUUGCAACAAAGAGAAAUUUUAUUUGAAAGUUGAUUACUAGAGAAAGAAUAAAUGAAUCGUAAAGGCUGAAUGUUUUGGUAAUCUACAACCAAAUGUGCCAUCCACAUAAUGCUUUUUCCUCUUGCCCUUCUGCUUGUUUGAAUUAAACGAUUAUGUAUUUAAUUCUCAAAGUAAUAUGUAUCUGUAGCUGAUUGUUGACACUAAUACAGAAGAUUAAUAAAAACUGAUCUUGGGACAGGGUGGGGCGGGCUACCAACACUAUAUAUAUAUUUGCUUUACAGAAAGAAAUCUUCGGGUUUUACAGAGGAUGAUGUGGUUGGUAGGAAGAGACACACAGAAUGUUUAUGAAGAAAAUGCAUUUUUCUCUUUUCUUUACAUUUAAAGUCCUUUAUGGUUUAAAUAUACAGUCUUUAGAUGGCACAUUCCUGAGAUUGAAGAAGGGAUCAUGAGAUCUCAAAAUCUUGCAUACUCAGUUUUUUGGAUAUUGUAAUAAAAAAGAUAUUACGUCAUGAUGGAGUACUGGAUUUAUCCUUGGGUGGUAGUCCUGGUGUUACUUUGUCAACGUGAAAUAGAGUGAAUAAUGAAUUUGUUUGUCUUGGAAUUUGUGUGGCCUAAAAAGGAAACGUCUGUGACUGCAGAGGACAGUUUUGAUAAGAGGCAGUAUCUAAUGGGCUCUGUCUUUCUAGUUUCUGUGAUAAUUAAGUCCAUUGAUAGCUUUAAUGAAAACUGCAAGAUGGACCUGUUUUCUGGUACCUUUUUGCUAUUAAAACACAUUCCUUACCUAUUCUGUAUUUCAUCCAGUAGUAGUACAACUACCUCUGUGCAUAACUCCAGUGCAGGAUAAGCAGACACCAGCACUGUCUGACUUGCUUGGGGGUUAAUCAUGACACUGCCAGGAGACUGCACUGUACUUCUGUGAAUGAAUUGCAGUCUUGCUCAGAUCCAAGAGGCAAGUACAAUUUUUGAACUUCUACGCAUCUACUAUUUUCCCACCACUCUUGAAAUCUUAUUUCUGUAAGGUUUUCUGAAUUGACAACUGUAUUUGAAUUAAAAACUGUAUUUUUCUGUAUGUGCAUUAACUAAAAUUUGGGCAGUGAUACUUGUGCUUGGUAAAGCUUAAUGAAGGAAAGCAGUGAUUCAGAGCAAUCCAAAAUGAUCAUGCAUUAUCCUGAAGAGCACCUAUCUGUGACUGUCUUCUAAGAAGAUAGAAGUUUUCCUUAGGAAGUUGAUGAGAAGUACCAGUUGUUUACAAUCUGCCUACAGAGGGACUCCACAAUGGGCUGCUUCUUAAACUUCAUGAGUGAAUUCUGCAGAGAAUGUAGGGUUUUGCCUUCUAAUACCUAGUUUUUAAUUAGGUGAAUCUGAGCAUGUACCGGGUAUGGCAAUGACAUUAAGAAAGUCAACUAUAUGUUGUAUAAGCAUUUUCAGGUUUCAGUGAAAUGCUUUUAAGUCUCAUUGUCUCUUUGUAGUAUUUGGAAAAAGUAUAUAUGGGAAUGGUUUACCUUUUCAGUAAACUGAUUAUGCUAAUUACUCUUUCAUGCCCCUUGUUCAUUUCUUUUCUGAAAUAUUCCCUAGUUUCUUGUCCAGCCUAUGUAUUCCUCUUGGAAUUUUUUUCACUUUUUUCUAUAGUCCCUUUUUACAAGCUCUCUUAGUUCCUAACCCCUUUCUAGUCUUAAUAGCUUAGAACUAAAUCAAAUACAUAUAAAUGAAGGUUUAAUUAUAUGCUUUAUAUUUUAAUGCUUUGUUAAAUUUUGUUUGGAUUUGUUACCUCAUCCUCUGUAAACAGCUUCUGUGUCUUAAGGUGUGAAUUGUUAAAGUUUUGGUUUUUUUUCUUUUUUGGAAGCUGUUAGUUAAUUUAUGACAAAGUGCUGUAAAUUACUAGCUCAAAUAAUAUUUUUCUUUUAAA